AUGUCCGCCCCCUUCGAUGUCAUCGCAAUCCUCAAGCCCAAGCCCGGAAAAGCCGACAGAGUAGUAGAACUCCUCCAAAUAGCCGCAGACUCCGUGAAAGCGAAAGAGCCAGGAACACUCAGGUACCAGAUCAAUCGCGAAACAAAGGGCGAUGCGCCGAGCAUCGUGAUGCUGGAAACAUACAAAGAUCAGGCUUCGCUGCAGGCACACGGUUCAAGCGAUCACUUUAAGGAGAUGGGCAAGUCGUUCAAGGAGGAGGAUUUAUUGGCGGAGCCGAUGUCGGUGCUGUUUACGAAGGAUGUUGGGGGUUUCGUUAGCAAGUUGUAG